AUGAGGUACCUAGGCCUCGUUUUGGACCGCAAGUGGAAUUUCGAGGAGCAUUUUCGUCAACUUGCUCCUCGAGUGGUGGGAGCAGCUGCCGCACUUGGUCGACUACUUCCAAAUGUAGGAGGCCCUGGAGCCCCAUGCCGUCGUCUAUUUGCAGGGGUUGUGAGGAGCAUGGCAAUGUAUGGGGCCACAAUUUGUUUUGACGCACUCCGUGCGCCAACCAGGGCGCUUCUACGAAGGCCGCAAAGGGUGGUGGCGAACCGGAUAUGCCGGGCCUACACUACUGUGGCCUUUGCGGCUGCGUGCGUCUUAGCAGGCACUCCCCCCUGGGAGCUGGAAGCGGAGGUGCUCGCUGAGACGCACCGCGUUAGAAUAGAGAGACAGGCGAGAGGGGAACGAUUGGCUCUCGAAGAAGUUGGCUGGGUGCAGCGGGUGGCUACCCGGAGGAUGCGGGACCGCUGGCAAGGCCAUGGCUGUUUCGGUCAUUACCUGCACCGUGUCGCGAGGAGGGAACCGACCCCGUCGUGUCAUGAGUGCGGUGCUGCGGAUGGCACUGCUCAGCACACCCUCGAGGAGUGUCGCAGGUGGGAUCCUCAGCGUCACACUCUGGUAGCGGAAAUAGGCGGGAACCUCUCGCUGUCCAGCGUUGUAUUUGCCAUGCUGAGCAGCGAGAGGUCUUGGGAAGCCGUGGUUGACUUUUGCGAAGAAGUUAUCUCGCAGAAGGAGGCCGCGGAGCGGUAG